CGACGGCAGUGCUGGGAUGUGUCAAUGUUAUCCGGAUUGCGAGAAAGAUUUCAGUUUUCGACCAACAUGAACGUCGUCCAAGUGUGCAUUGACGACGGCAGUGCCGCCACCGCGUCUCCGGCUUCUGUCAACACGAAUGCGAUAAAGCUUCGUCUCCAGAGUGAGAUGAGCUUGCACAAUGAUGGUGAGUCCAGGUGGAAGACGUACUGGACGUCUCUGCAACAGUAUGUGCAGUCCGAGAUGCCGCACAGCACGUUCCAAUCGACGAUACGCACGUUGUUACACCCAUCUCUCCUCGCGUUGCACAACGAGCUCAUCCUCGCAAUUCUUCACAAUGCCCACUUGCCGCACACGACUCCACCUCCGUCCCCGACGUUGCAUGCUCCGCCCACGAUCGAUGUCGCGCUGCUUACAUCCCCCGAGCCCAAUCGAGCCCAUCUAAAGCGACCUCUCACAGAUGAAGAAGCUGUCCACACAUUGCUCCAACUGAUUGCAUCGGACGACACGGCCAGCGACAAUGCCGUCGACGACGUCGAUGAUGCCGCCGCCUUCUUAAAGUCGUUUUCCAAACCUCCCCUUCACACGCCGUCCAAGCAAUCCAAACCGGCGACCGCUACGCCAUGGCCUUACUCGUCUGGCAUGCCGCUCCUUCGACGUAACGCUCCAUCACAUCAUGCAGUCCCCUUGAGAUUCCGUUUUGUAGCCAAGCUCGAUCCAAGCAUGUGGUCGCGGCAACCAGAUCAUCUUCACCUCUUGUCAACCCAUCCGUUGCACCACUUCUCCAACAACCAGUCCGAAAGGUCAGCGCCACAAACCAUGAGCCACCACCCAACGACCGUCAACGUCGAAACAUCUGCGGCUAAAGUAAGUAAAGCCCACCAAUCGAACGGGUUUUGUUGACUUUUAUUGCAGGACUAUACGGGAUGUCAAUCGAUGGUGGAAAACACUCGGUUAAGCUGGCAAUUACGACUGAAAAAAGCCAAGUCGUCAUCCAAGGCGACUGGGUGGUCAUAUUUAUAACCGCGGGAUAUGUUGUGGGAAUGCAGAAUGGGGGGGGGGGUUGACGGAAGGCAGAUGUCGGAGGUCGUGACUGUUUAAAUUUAUAAUUAUGAGUGGUGGUUUACUGUAA